AUGAUGAAAUUUGGAGUAGGCCUUCUAGGUGCAGAAGAUGAAGAUCUGGAAGAAGAAGAGAGUUUCCAGGCAGGAGAAUGCUGGCACAGAAAUAAGAAAGUGGGAUCUGGCAGACUAGCUCCCACAAAGAAGGGUGGAAAGAAGAAGAGCCAUUCUGCCAUCGAAGAGGUACUGACCAGAGAAUACACCAUCAACAUUCACAAGCACAUCCAUGGAAUGGGUUUCAAGAAGCAUGCCCCUCGGGCACUCAAAGAGACCCAGAAAUUUGCCAUGCAGGAGAUGGGAACUCCAGAUGUGUGCAAUUACACCAUGUUCAACAAAGCUAUCUGGGCCAAAGGAAUAAGGAACAUUCCAUACCGUAUCCAUGUGCAGUUGUCCAGAAAACAUAACGAGGAUGAAGAUUCACCAAACAAGCUCUAA